AUGGCAGUCCAGCUAGCAGCAGCAGCAGUCCAGCCAGCAGCAGCAGCAGUUCAGCCAGCCAGCGACAGGGGUCCAGCCAGCAGCAGUUGCAGUCCAGCCAGCCAGUGGCCACAGUCAAGCCAGCAACAGCAGCAGUCCAGCCAGCCAGCAGCAGCCAUCCAGCCAGCAGCAGCAGCAGUCCAGCCAGAAGCUGCAGCAGUCCAGCUAGCCAGCGGCAGCAGUCCAGCCAGCAUCAGCAGCAGUCCAGCCCGCAGCAGCGGCAGUCCAGCCAGCAGCAGCAGCAGUCCAGCCAGCAGCAGCAGCAGUCCAGCCAGCCAGCGGCAGGAGUCCAGCCAACAGCAGAAGCAGUCCAGCCAGCCACAGCAGCAGUCUAGCCAAAAGCAGCAGCAGUCCAGCCAGCAGCAGCAGUGGUACAACCAGCCAGCGGUAGGAGUCCAGCCAGCAGGAGCAACAGUCCAGCCAGCCAGCAGCAGCCAUCCAGCCAGCAAGCGGCAGCAGUCCAGGCAGCUGCAGCAGCAAUCCAGCCAGCCACAGCAGCAGCAGCAGUCAAGCCAGCAGCAGCAGCCAUCCAGCCAGCCAGCGGCAGCGGUCCAGCCAGCUGCAGCAGCAGUCCAGCCAGCCAGCAGCAGCGGUCCAGCCAGCAGUAGCAGCAGUCCAGCCAACCAGUUGCAACAGUGUGGACAGCAGCAGCAGCAUUUCAGCCAGGAGCAGCAGCAGUCCAGCCAGCAGCAGCAGCAGUCCAGCCAGCAGCAGCAGCAGUCCAGCCAGCCAGUGGCAGCAGUCAAGCCAGCAGCAGCAGCAGUUCAGCCAGCUAGCAGCAGCAGCAGUCGAGCCAGCAGCAGCAGCAGCCAGCGGCAGCAGUCCAGCCAGCAGCAGCAACUGUCCAGCCAUCAGCAGUCCAGCCAGCAGCAGCAGCUGUGCAGCCAACAGCAGCAGCAGUCCACCCAGCAGCAGCAGCAGUCCAGCAUGCCAGCAGGAGCCAUCCAGCCAGCCAGCGGCAGCAGUCCAGCUAGCCAGCGGCAGCGGUCUAGCCAGCAGCAGCAGCAGGCCAGCCAGCAGCUGCAGCAGUACAGCCAGCAGCAGCAGUUGUGCAGCGAACAGGAUCAGCAGUCCAGCCAGCGGCAGCAGCAGUCCAGCCAGCCAAUGUCCAACCAGUCAGCGGCAGUGGUCCAGCGAGCAGCAGCAGCAGUCCAGCCAGCAGCUGCAGCAGUCCAGCCAGAAGCAGCAGCAGUCCAGCCAGCCAGCAGCAGCAGUCUAGCCAGCAGCAGCAGCAGUCCAACCAGCCUACAGCAGCAGUCCAGCCAGCCAGCAGCAGCAGUCCAGCCAGCAUUGGUAGCAGUCCAUCCAGCCAGCAGCAGCAGUCCAGCUAGCAGCAGCAGCAGUUCAGUCAGCCAGCGGCAGCAGUCCAGCCAGCAGCAGCAGCAGUCCAGCCAGCGGCAGCAGCAGUCCAGCCAGCUAGCGGCAGCAUUCCAGCCAGCAGCAGCAGCAGCAGUCCAGCCAGAAGCAGCAGUAGUCCAGCCAGCCAGCGGCAGCAGUCCAGCCAGCAGCAGCAGGAGCAGCAGCAGCAGUCCAGCCAGCCAGCGCAGCGGUCCAGCCAGCAGCAACAGCGGGAGCAGUGGCCCUGGCCCUGCCCACGGCAGCAGCGGAGACCACCAGGACGCGUCCACGGCGCCGCAAGAGGUCCCUGCAGCCGUGGACCUCUUUCCUUCCGCUCGACACGUGACUGCAAAUAGAGCCAAGCAGCAUUUAGGCUGGCGCAGGAGCCUGGAGAGGCAGUUCACGCCGAGCGAGCCCACUGGUGCCAUCGUAGCCGCCACGUCAUCGCCCACCGCCGCCAGCGUACCGGAGCCAUCCUCGCAGGGCCUCUACCCGUCGUCGGACUCAGGUGACGGCAACGUGGACUCCGCGCUGCUCUUCACAAGACGCUCGGGGCUUGGUUUGUUAGAAGACAAAAAGCCACAAGAGCUGUGGAUAAAAGUAGCCUAUGCUGUCAAGGAGGCAGCAGAAAAACAACGGCGCAAGAAAAACAAUAACAGUAUGUGUAGACGGUUAUUGGGUGAGGCAUUGCAUACUGCAGAAAAACGAAGGAAAGCAAAACUCAAAGGUUUAGAUCAUAAAUGA